AUGGUAGCUUUCUCGUCCCUCUUCUUCGGCCUCGCUGCUGUGGCGGGGGUCUUUGCUGCUCCAGUCGAGGAAGCCAGCCCGGUUGGAGAGGCGCCUAGUACGCCGACGGGGACGGGGACGAAUAAUGGGUUCUAUUAUUCGUUCUGGACUGAUGGCGGCGGGUCGGUUACGUAUAAUAAUGAUGCGGGCGGGACGUAUGAUGUGAAGUGGAGCGGGAGCGGGGGGAACUUUGUUGCGGGCAAGGGAUGGAAUCCUGGGGCUGCUAAGACCGUCGUGUAUAAUGGUACUUGGACUACGCCUGGCAAUGCAUACCUUUCGCUCUAUGGGUGGACUACGGAUCCGUUGGUCGAGUACUAUAUUACGGAGGAUUUCGGCACUUUCAAUCCGUCCUCGGGCGCAACGAAGAAGGGGACGGUGACUUCUGAUGGUGGGACUUAUGAUAUCUAUCUCAACCACCGCGUCAAUGAGCCGUCUAUCAAAGGCACUUCUACUUUUGAUCAGUAUUGGUCUGUGCGACAGACCAAGAGGGUCGGUGGUACGAUUACCACUGGUAAUCAUUUUGAUGCCUGGGCGAAGGCUGGUCUGAAGAUGGGUGCGUUCGAUUAUAUGAUUUUGGCUACCGAGGGGUAUCAUAGUAGUGGCUCGGCGAGUAUUACUGUCAGUGAGGCGGGUGGCAAUACAACUUCUUCUUAG